GCCCACUAAUCCUUUCUUGACUCGGAACCAUCACCUCUGGAAAACUCGGUGGACUACGAAUGUUUUACUUGUCUGGUGAAAUUUAAACCUCAUCGGGAUUACCAUUUCUUGAAGGUCGUAAGGUGAUACUUCAACACGCCUAUACAUGGCUAAUGCAUCACUGUAUCGUUAGCCACUGCAGUGUCAGAUCAAGUCACAUUAGGCAGUAUCCACAGACCCACGGAAGAAGACAGUCGUUCUUUAUAACAUUGAGCUUAGGGCGAUGAGUGAUAUGUUAUGUACUCAAGAUGGUCAGUAGACUUUAACCUUGCCUGUCGAGAUUUGGGAGGCGAUCAUUGACGAGAUUGGUGGUCCCGCCUUGUGGGAUUAUCGUUUUCGACGUCUUCGCAACGAGACAUUGCGUGCUUGUUCCCUUACCUGUCGUUCGUGGCGGCAAAGAAGCCAAUUCAACUUGUUUCGUUUUCUCCGCGUCAACUACGGACGAGACGUGAUAAACGUUCGGCUGAUAUGCCACAUGCGACCAAAUCAUGCUCGAGCUGUUCGCUAUCUGGAUAUAAUGGACUCGUUGCAGGCUUACGGUACCAGGAAACUUGUGAUUGACUUGUUACCUUUGCUGCCCGCACUGGAAGGCAUGCGCAUUUGCAAUAUGGACCUCCUCCCACUGGAUCCCGAGGCUUUGGAUACGCUCACCGUUCUGGCUUCUCUCCAAUAUCUCCGUCUGGAGAGAGUAUCUCUAGCGUCGCUGUCUCAAUUGGAGGCAUUUAUUUUAGCACUUCCGUCAUUAACUCGACUUUCUUUGGAGCGUAUUAACUUCUUCACAAGUGCACCAGAAGGAUCUUCCUAUGCCAACGUCGCUCGGCAUUCGCAUCGUCCUACGCUUCAGGCGGUGGAGAUUACUAAUGACAAUAUAAUUGAGGCACCGACUAUUCAUGAUUGGCUUUCUCAGUCACCUAUCGGUGCGAAUUUGACCAGCCCCACUCAUACUGAUGUGGACUUGGCGGUUGGUGUAAAGGGACGGGCGGUCGCAAGGUUACUCCAUGCGAGGGGCACUCUCCUGCGGGAGUUGACAUUGUCUGCUGAUUUCUUUGUGUCCCUCGAGCUAUAUACAGGCUUGCAAGCUUGUCCCGUUCUGCACCAGCUCGAUAUCCGUGAUAUCACGACAGAAUAUUAUUUUGGCUACAUAAACUCGGCGUUGCCCCACGUUCAGUCUCAUACUUCUCAAAUAUCUUUUGGAUUUGAAUCUUUCAUGAAAGACAAGGAGUCUGAUGAAGACAAACCGUGGCAAACCCUUGACGAUAUCCUCCAAAGUAACCCAUUCCGGAACUUGAAUGAAGUCACGGUUUCACUCCGGCAGUGCUACCCCUAUAAUCCCGCUACUUGCCUACCACGUACAUUGGACAGAGGCAUACUCACAUUCACGGCCGCGGCAUGACGCUCUCGUUGAGGUUUAGUGUCAUGAAACGCCUCCUUUUCCCCCGCUUUCAAUCUUAUACAAGUUGCUUCCUCUGCAUAUCUGUACCCCCACGAUGAUGUUACACCAUGAGGACGACGAGUGUCACACGGACGGCCGAACUAGUGUACCGUCGAGGGAAACUCGUAUCAUGCUUCGUGCUUCAGCAUACCGCUAUCUAGAAUGGACAAAAACCCUAUCUCGUCUUCCUUCUUUUUACCGUCAUUCAGACCAGUUAAACUGCCUGAAUCAUUUAUCUGAUGCACUUUCUCUAUAACGGAUCAUAUUCAUUCUGUCCUGAACUUACAUCAUGUCUGUAGUCUUACGCUUCUCAAAUGGCGAUGUGGUCGCUUUUGUAUUCCCAC